AGUCGGUGAUAAAAGAGCUGUGGAAAAAGACUCGGAAAGCGCUGGCAUUGACGUGUCUUCAGACAGCGAAAGUGAACCAGAACCUGCAAAAAUAUUCCACAGACGAAUCUCAACGAACAAAGACAUUCGCACAUCGACAUGUACAAAGCAAGGAUUUCUGCACAAGCAGAGCAAUUUCCAGAGAUGGAAAAGAAGGUUCUUCAAACUGAAAGGAAGAAAACUGUACUAUGCAAAAGAUACUAAGUCAUCAAUAUUUGAUGAGAUAGAGUUGACAGAUCUAAGUGUGGCAGAGUGCAGUACAAAGAACAUCAAUCACAGUUUUCAGGUGAUAACCCCGUUCCGAAAUCUUGUUUUAUGCGCUGAGAGUAGGAAAGAGAUGGAGGAAUGGAUCUCAGCUCUCAAACAGUCCUCAAAACGAGAAUAUGUUGAGGGCAAUGAUACUCAAAGAGAGAUGAUGUCUGGACUACACAACUGGUACACGUGUUCACAUGCACGGCCUACUUACUGUAAUGUAUGUAGAGAAGCACUUUCUGGUGUUACGUCACAUGGUCUUUCAUGCGAAGUGUGUAAGUUUAAGGCACACAAGCGUUGUGCAGUGAAGGCUCAGUCUAAUUGUAAGUGGACAACUCUGGCAGCUAUUGGAUCUGAAAUUAUAGAAGAUGAAGAUGGGGUUGCUAUGCCCCAUCAGUGGUUAGAGGGAAACCUCAAUGUUAGUUCUAGAUGUGCUGUAUGUGAUAAAAUUUGUGGAAGUGUCCGAAAGUUACAAGAUUGGCGUUGUCUGUGGUGCAAAGCUACUGUACAUUCCACGUGUAGAGAUCAGUUACCAAAGAAAUGUCCAUUUUCUCAGUGUCGUGUUUCUAUUUUACCUCCUACAUCAAUAGACAACAUAGAUCUGGACGGUUACUGGGAGGCCAUGAGACCUCCGGGAACCAGCCCUCUACUUGUAUUUGUAAAUACAAAAUCGGGUGAUAAUCAGGGUGUAAAAUUUCUACGAAGAUUUAAGCAGCUAUUGAAUCCAGCACAGGUGUUUGAUUUAAUGAAUGGUGGACCUCAUCCAGGAUUACGUUUAUUCCAAAAGUUUGACCAGUUUCGAAUUCUUGUAUGUGGAGGUGAUGGUAGUAUUGGCUGGGUGCUUUCUGAGAUUGAUAAAAUGGAUCUUCAUAGACAGUGCCAGAUAGGUGUGUUGCCGUUUGGCACGGGUAAUGACCUGGCACGAGUUCUGGGGUGGGGAUCAGCAUUUGAUGAUGAUACUCAACUUCCAGCCAUAUUAGAGAAGCUCGAACAUUCUCAAAUCAAGAUGCUAGAUAGAUGGAGUAUAUGGACUUACGAAGGCUACAUGCCACCUCCAAGAAAACUUUCGCAACAGUUUGACCCUAUUUCGCAGUAUGAAGAUUCAGUGGCCAAUCACCUGUCAAAGAUUCUACACUCUGAAGAUCAUUCCACAGUUAUAUCCUCAGCAAAGGUUUUAUGUGAAACAGUGAAAGAUUUUGUGGCUAAAGUAGGGAAAGCACACAGCGAAAAAAGUGAUGACAGUGAUAUAGCUGAUAAGUGUGCCAUACUUAACGAGAAAUUGGAAAGUUUGCUCAAAACAUUGAAGGAAGAGGCUCAAGCAUCAUCACAGCUGGACAGUGAUGAGGCAGUUGUGCAUAAUGAUCCAGAAAGCAUUACAUCUGACCCCGGGUUGACCCCUGACAACCACGUUACCAAUGACAACAUAGACAUCGACAGUGACAACAUUAAUCCUCCGUUCCCCAUGGACAACAGAUUAACUGAUAAUGAUAAUAGAAAUUCUUACGUUGCCAUGGAUACGAAUAACACUUCUGUUUCCAAGGGCAACAGAACUAGUGCUAGUAUAGACAUUAGAAAUGUGAAUAAUGGUAAGGAGGGCAGAUACCAUGACAACCGCGAGGUAACAUUUGAAAGUAGGGAGGGAACAAGAAUGAGCAAGGAUCGAGUGAGAGUUCAAGGUCCAUUGGCUUCCAGUAUGAAACCCAAACCAACAAUAUUUAAACCUCGAGAUGCACUCAUGUCAAGGGCAAACAGUCUCAAGAAGGCAAUCAGACAGAUUAUAGAGCAUACUGAGCGAGCUGUGGAUGAACAAAAUGCGCAGACAGCAGAACAAAGUCGGCUUCUUCGUGGUUCUGGAAGCUCUAUAGAUCUUGUAGAGCCUUUCAAGCAAUGUGGUCUGCAGGCAGGCAGCCCAAACUCGCGCUCAGCACCUAGUUUCUCAGUUUUUACUUCCGAGGCUCAGAAAUCUCCAGAAAUUGAGAUAAAGAAGUUUGAUGGUUCACAAUCACCGACAGUUUGUAGUUCACGUCGCAUCAGCAGCAUGUCAACGUUCAACAAAUCUGCUAGCGUAGGUUCUAAUCUCGACUACAAGCCACCGACGAAAGAAAACAUUCCACGACACAGUGGUCUCCCUUCAUUUCCAUUUGCAAAUUAUCCUAUAUUACCUAGUUUAAGCAGCUCUAUAGCAGGGAAACUUGCAGGAGGGAGUUUUAUCAGUAAAGUACUACUGGCCAAUGCUGAUGCACUGUGUGCUGCAGCCUCACCACUUCUUGAAGAAGAAAUUCCAUUGGAGGAGUAUACAGAAAAGUGUGUAAUGAACAACUACCUAGGUAUUGGCCUCGAUGCGAAGAUCACAUUGGACUUCCAGAACAAACGGGAUGAACAUCCAGAAAAAUGCAGGAGUCGAACAAAGAACCUCAUGUGGUACGGAGUGCUAGGUGGGAAGGAGAUAUUGCAAAAGACAUAUAAAAAUUUUGAUCAACGGGUCCAACUCGAGUGUGAUGGUCAACGAAUUCCACUACCAAGUCUUCAGGGAAUUGUCAUUCUCAAUAUUCCAAGCUUUGGAGGGGGAUCAAACUUCUGGGGUGGUACCAAAGAGGUUGAUACUUUCUCGGCUCCAAGUUUUGAUGAUAAGAUUCUUGAAGUUGUAGCAGUAUUUGGGAGUACACAGCUGGCUGUGUCUCGAGUAUUAGAUUUACAACAUCAUAGAAUAGCACAGUGUCGUACAGUGAAGAUUAUGAUUAUGGGAGAUGAGGGUGUACCUGUACAAGUUGAUGGAGAGGCCUGGAUACAGCCUCCAGGUUAUAUACGUAUUGUCCAUAAAAAUCGGGCACAGAUGCUUACCAGAGAUAGGUCAUUUGAAACAGUAUUAAAGUCAUGGUCAGAGAAACAGAAGCUGGAGCCGAUGGCAGCACAGAAACCGGACUCUCUGAAUGCUGAGGAAACAGAAGCCCUGCAGAAAUUUGUGGAAGUGGCAUCUGCCUUAAUAAAAAUAGUAAAAGUUGCCUCCCUUACAUACAGCUCAGUAGAACAGGAGUUGUUUCCAUUGGCAACAGGAGCAUCCGAGUACCUGGACAGGUUAUACCCAUCAGGACGUCUUUUAGAGCCAACACUAAGAUGUCAGGUGAUAGAUUUUGUACACAGCGUUCGACAGCUAACCAACGAAACAAGUAUAUUCUUAACAGACAAGGCUCCUGAACUUAGGAUUCGUUUGGACAUUGAGGAGAAACUUAGUCAUUCCCUGUCUCAAGUGGAGGAGGAGACAAAACUAGUGAUGGAAAUGUGCAAUAUUCCUUCUACACCUAUAUCUCAGGAAGAGUUGCUGGCAACUGUGGAGAUUAAACCAAGACCAAAGCCAGGCAAGUUUAAACAAGUGGUUAGUAAGCUGAAAGGCAAAAAGGACAAAGAUAAACCUUACAUUCCAUUAUUAUACAAUGUUAACUCAUGGACAGCAGAAGAUGUGGGUCAGUGGUUGGACAACAUGUCCCUGUCAGAAUAUAGAGAGUCUUUCAUCAGACAUGAAAUUCGAGGAACUGAGCUACUCAGUCUAGAUAAAACAGAUAUACAGGACCUUGGUGUACACAAAGUUGGACAUCUUAAGAGGAUACAGCACGGUAUCAAAGAGCUUGUGAACAGAAUGGCUGCUAUGGGAAAAUAUUGCAACUACUGAAAUUUAUGUGGAAAAUCUUCGCUUGCUUAUAUUGAAAUUUUACAUGAAAAUAUUUUGCAGCUUUUGAUAUCUGAAAGGAUUUUCUUUUAUGACUACAAAUGUAUCACAUUUAACAUGAAAAAUGUGGCAGUUAUUGAAAUUAACAUUUUAAAUAGUUGCACUUGUUGGAAAUUCAAAUUAAAAAGCAAACUUUUUAAUCUCUGAAAUUUAACAUGAAAUUUUUUACAUUUUUUGAAUUUUUUUUUUUUUUUUUUUUUAAAUUUUAUGUACCAGACUUUGCAGAUAAAAUUUCUCAUUCCAUGAACUGGUGAAGAUAUAUAUUAUAGUGAAGAAAAAUCAGUAACUCAAUGUUUUCAGUUUAAUUUGACAUUCUUUACUUUCAAAACAGUAUAGCACAUCCAAAACUGACGCAUUUGUGAUAAUUUUAUAUAUAAUACAAUUGAAAAUGGAAGAACAACUUCAAACUGAUUUUAAUUUAUUUCCAACUAGUUUUGGCUUUCAAUGCCUUCAUCAGGGGUAUAAUGUUUACAUAGUAACCAAAGAAAAUGUUGAAAAUUUAAUUUAAGAAGAUAAGAUUUGAGUUAUAAUCUUAUUCAUAAGUUUCAUUCAAACGAUUUUGUUUAAGUAAUUUGGCCUGUAAUGAAAAUCGGUAUUUUCCUGUCAAUUACAUAUUCUCCAUAUGUGACAUACUAUGUAGUUAAGGAAGCCAUGCGCUUGCAAGAGCUGUGUUAUGACUGAAGAAUGCCGAAAAAAUCAUACGAGAAUAUGAAAUUGUGGUGAAAUUACUGAUUGUCCUUUAGGGGCUCGUUACCUUAAAACUGUACAUCACAGAGUUAGUACAUAUGAGCCGUGCCAUGGGAAAACCAACAUAGUGGGUAUGCGACCAGCAUGGAUCCAGACCAGCCUGCGCAUCCGCGCAGUCUGGUCAGGAUCCAUGCUGUUCGCUAAUAGUUUCUCCAAUUCCAAUAGGCUUUAAAAGCGAACAGCAUGGAUCCUGACCAGACUGCGCGGAUGCGCAGGCUGGUCUGGAUCCAUACUGGUCGCAUACCCACUAUGUUGGUUUUCUCAUGGCAUGGCUCAUAUUAAGUACAUGUGAAUUAACAAGUGGUUGUUUUGUUCUAUUGUUUUUAUUUUGGCAAAAAUUCAUGUUGUGAUGAAAGUAGUACAUUUUUGGUUAUAUAUUUGUGAAAGAUAUAAGUUUGAGAUACGAACCCGCAAACCAGAUAGAGCUGGUUUAUCAUUUUUUAUGUCUUGUGUUGUUUUUAUACAAACUUAGUAGAUCUAGUGUGUUACAUAGAUAGGAUAUUUGUGAUUUUGCAUUUAAGCCGCACCAUGAGAAAACCAACAUAGUGCAUUUGCGACCAGCAUGGAUCCAGACCAGCCUGCACAUCCGUGCAGUCUGGUCAGGAUCCAUGCUGUUCGCUUUCAAACCCUACUGCAAUUAGAGAAACCGUUAGCGAACAGCAUGGAUCCUGACCAGACUGCGCGGAUGCGCAGGCUGGUCUUGAUCCAUGCUGGUCGCAAAUGCACUAUGUUGGUUUUCUCUUGGUGAGGCUCAUUUAUAAAAACUUAUUUUUGAAGAAUGAUAAUCAUUUUUUAUAAGUUAUCUACAGUUUUGUAGAAUGUUAAAUGGCAAAGAAUGUUUCUACCCUGCCUUUAAAUAUUUGCUAGUUUUUGAUACUUUUGUAAUGUUUUACUAUAAUGAUAUAAUACAGCCCUCUACUCCUUGAUUUUGAAAUAUUCUUUAUCAUGGUAGGUUUAAUAGCUUUCAUUUUAUGAGGUGCAGUAGGUCAGAAUUAACCUUUUUAACCUUAAGCCUGCAGUCGGCAACUGAUUCUGCCAUUGCGACCAGUGCAGACCAAGAUCAGCCUGCACAUCUGUGCAUGCUGAUCAUGGUCUGCACUGUUCGCUAUUCAGUCAGUAGAUUUUCAGUGAACACCCCUUAAAAUAAUAAAUGGUAUUGCCCAAAUUGAAUGAUAGACCAGUCCAUUUUAGAAAUUUAGCAGGGUAAAGGUUAAUAAGGUUAAGAGGGGCAGAAAAGUGUUUAAAUGAUGUGUUUUCAAAAAUAGAAAGCAAAAAUACAAGCUCUGUAUCCGUACUUCUAGAGGUUGAAAUUACAUGCUUGUAUCGGUAUGCAGAGGAUUUCAUUUGUGGAUUUUGUAUAGCAUCAAAGGUGUCAAAAUUGAGGACGUCGUAAUUUUCAUACAGUUAACCCACACAUGUUUCAAUAUAAUUGUAAAACAGAAAAUGGAGUGGGGAUGAUAAUGAAGCAAGUAGUUCUAUAAAAAAAAUGAAACAAUACUAAAAAGGUCAACACCAACACAAUAUUAACAAUAAUUUACAAUUUAUUCUAAGUAAAAUGGAUGUUAUGAAUUGUCAAAAAGGCAUAAUGCUAAAUGGCAGACUCAUACCUGUGAUAAACGCAUAAUAAUGCAUAGUUGACAAAACAUCAAAAGAAAUGUAAACAAAAACCAUAGUAUUGAUUCUAGGCUGUAAGUACUUCCUGUAGAAAAUACGUAAAUUAUAAAAGAUUUUCGGACACUUCUCAGCAGAGAGAAUGUCUAGUUUCCACUAAUAGACAAACCUGUCUUCAAAUGUCUUUCUCUGUAUAACUGACAUAUGACGAAGACGGAAAUCUUUUCCAUGUAUGUCUUGUUAUAUGACGUCUUUCAUUAUAAAUCAUAAUUUUGUGUGAAUGAAAACCGAUAAUGUGAUCUUCAUGUAGGCCGAAAUAUUGUUACCCCAGAGACUAAUGUCGGGUCAAAGUUGGGCAUGUCUUAUUGUACCACUUGGCAAUCUAAUUGUUUGUAAAACAUUUUAUAGUAAAAUGCAUUAUUUGGAAAUGACAACACUUGUAAAUUAUUGAUUUGUUUUAAAUUAUAAGGUAAGAUUAAAGUCAUGAACAUUAUUGCCCAAAUUGCUUGGUUUAUAAACUGUUGGAUUGAUAAAUAAUGGGGUCUCUGAUUUUCAGCAAAUGUGUAAACUGGGCUCCACAAAUCUUCCAUAAAUUGCAGCAUAAAUUCCAAAAGUUGAUGAGUUAUGAAGGAAAGAAUAUUUUGAAGGGCCUCUCUGAUCUAUGUUGAGAUGAUUUGCACAAGUUUUUUUUUAUCGAACUAUAACAUAUUCAAUUCUACCAGUGUCUAGAAUUCGAAAUAUUGUACCAAAAAAUGCUUUUUCUACCAGUGCUUAUCGAAAAGUGAUAAUAUGUACACUCACUGCAUUUAGAGUAUACUGUUUAUUAUAGAUCUAUUUUUCUACAAUUAUCUGAAAAUCUUUGUCAGUUAAAUUAUUUUGUAUUUAUUAUGAAGAUAUUGUUUUCUCAUUUUUUAUUCAUCUCAAAUGUAUGUUUUUUUUGUAUUUUGAUAAAUAUUCCAUUAGAGGUUUCAGCAUUAAGUGUCUGUGUAUCUGAUUGCUGUGUGUAGAUGAAAAAGCUGUUCUUAGUUGAGCAAUUUUAAGUACACAUGUACUAAAUUCAGAAGUUAAGUCUUCUAGAUGUAUGAUUGCUUCAAAGCUGUUAUAACUGCUUCACUUAGGUUAUAUUUAGAUCUUAUGUAAUCUUCUUAUAAUUAAGAUCUUCAAGUUCUUUCUUGUAAUUCUUAUGUAUACACUUAUAUUGGGUUGAAUGUUGUGCCAUACAAACAAGCAUUCACUGAAGGUAGACACUAUUUUCCAUUUAUUAAAGGGCAAUUAUGUGCUUUAAAUGGUUAUGGACACUUCUUAACUGAUAUUGUCAUGCCCUUAUGUGAUACUUUAGUAAGAUACUGUUAGUUCAGUCAGAUAUAAUGACCCAUGAAAUGCUCUACAUCUGGGACCAGUGUAUGAGCAUGCCUUCGGGCCAAUAUAUAGUCCAAUAUAGGUUUAGUUAGUGCAAUAAUCAGUUUAAUGUCACGGUCAUAGCCAUUUUUAGAGUUGUUUGUUUUAUACCUGAAUAUAAUUGUACAUGUGUGCAGUUAUUGGCACAGUGUACAGUGUGCCAAUAAUUAGUUAUCAUUCAAGCUUCAAGUUACUACCAUAGGCUAUAGGAUUCUGUCCUGUACAAGUUUGUAACUAUUUAUUAUAGGGUAUACAACAUUUAGUUAUAUUAUUCAGAAUAAAGAUGUAUGUGCUGUAUUUGAUUUUGCUCAGCUAAUUUAAAAGAUAUGCUUUUUUGUUUCUAAUUGUUUUGUGUGUAAAAUUCAAAUGGAUCAUUUGAUCUUUUGUAUGUUUUUGUAUAUCAUGCUGGUUGCUGUAUUAAGUGUAGCAUUGUAGAGUAACAUAAGAAAUGUUUGUUGUAUUUUGAAAAUAUGAUGAAAAGAAAAUGAGACUUAAUACACAUGCACCAAUUUGGAGUUAGUUGUAUCUAAACUUCUUUGCUUAACGUUAAAACUUUCUUAAUUUGAAGGAAACAGUUGUAAGAGAAAUGUUGUACUGACAUCUUUUGGCUUAAAUAAGUAAUCUUGAUGUUCUCAAAUCACACCAGGGCGUCUGGGGUCCUCCUCCACCAUCAAAACCUGGAAAAGUGGCCAUAUCACCUAAAUUGUGUCUGUGUGACUGUGAAUCCAACAAAAACAAAAAACAAAUCAAAUUAUCCAAAGUUUUACCAGAUAGCAGGUUAUUAUUGGGCUAGAGUUAAACCUGAUAUUGUCUUAUUUCCGUGUGAAUCAGUCAUUCUUAGUAUUAAGGAGGUAGGUUACCUUCAUAUUUGUAUGUGCGCAUGUCUAACCGGAAGCUAACGUGACGAUUUACGACGACGUUUACGACAAACUAAAUGUGUUUGUAUAUUCAUUCUUCUGAAAACAAAUCAUGAACCUGUCUUCGAUCUGAUGCUUUAUGGUUUAAUAAUGCAGAAAUAAUGAAUAAAUUGCCGCAGAAACGCUUCAAAACAAUGUUGCCUUAAAAUGACGUCAUUGACGUCAUGUGUCAGUUACCGCGCAAAAUUAAUAGCUUUUAUCUUGAAAGUACGUAAUUCUGUGCAUUUUCUUUAUUCAAACUAUUUUCAAAUAACCAUUAUUUGCUGAAAUAUUUUUAUGAGUCUUUUGCUCUGAAUAAUAAUCAAUAUUUUGCUUCUUUUAUGUAGUUACAUUGAAAUGUUAUGCGGAAUGUACGAAAAUGGAUGAUGGUAACCAAUGUUAUUUGGAAUAUAGUUAGGUGAGAGGUUACUUGUUACGGCCAUUUUCAAAUAAAAAAUCUAGCAGUUUGAUUUGUAAUACCUAUUUUUCAGGUUCCGUUGAUAAUUUGUUACUUAUAUACUAAAACUAAGAUCUAAAAUUGUUCAAAUUUCAGUAGAAAAUUGUGGUUUCUUGAAGCCCGUGACCUAUGUAUCUAAAGGUAAAAUUCAAAAGCGUUGACACUAGUCUAUUUAAGAAACACAGCUUCGGCUUUUUAUUUUCAUUUCAUCAAUAUCCAUGAGAAUAACAGUAGCAUGCUGAACGAUUUUUCCAUGAACAAUGCCAGACGAGGGGUACUGCUGUAAGUAUUCUAAGCUUAGAAAUGUGUUUGAAUAAAUGCAGAUAACACGAAAAUAUAACUUACGUUAGAAAUAAUAUGUUUUAAAGCUACAUCAGCUAGAAAGAUAAUCUUAUUCAAUAUUAUUUUAUAAGAAAUUACGACAAAAAGCAAGAUAUAAGCCAUUUUAAACAUCUCUGUUGUCAUGGUUACUUUAAACUUUAAGAAAAAUAGGGUACCAUGUAUAGUGCUUGGUAUUUUGCUAAUAAUAUUACCCAAAUAUUCCAUGUUGUUCAUUAACAGAAUGGCACUGAAGCCGUCGAAAACCCCUAUUUUUAUACAUAGCUGUCUAAAAAUGAGAGAAAAUGCGUUACCAUGGAAACACGAGCCCCGCGACAUAUACAUUUUAAGCUUAUAUUAGAAAGCUAACGUACAUACUAGUAAAAUUAUAGAUUAUGCUGACUUCUACGGAUAUCAAUGAAACUAAAAUACAGUGAAAAGUGUUAAAUAUCCAUAUUUUCCUUCUUCUUUCCAUAUGAAAUACCUUUGGAGGGUCAUGUUCUUCAAACCCGGAUAAAAACUGAACUUGAAGGAACAGAGACAAACGAAACUGAGAAUUUAGCAAUUAAAACUUCAUAUAACACGGACUACAAAAAGAUGUUGCGGUUCAACUAAUUUGAAUUUACCCUUGUAACAAGGUAACCUACCUCCUUAAGCACAUAGUUAUGUAACUCUGCUAUAGUAGGAAAAUUGUUCGUAAUUCUGAAGAAAAAGUGUAAAAAUGUAAAAGACACUACUCAAAUGACACUUAUAGCUGUCUCAAACCUCCUUUGAUAUCUCUUGUUUAGUCAAAGAUGGCAAUGUUAUUUGAUUGUUUUACAAUGCAGUACAAAUUUUAUUUAAAGUUGGUGCAUAUAUAAACAGAAAACAUUAGCAAUGUAUAGCUAUUUACUGACAAGUUUUAAAGAACACAUGCAAUCCUUCUUCACCACAUGUUCUCCAUAUAAAGUCAGAAUAAGUUUUUGUGUUCAUUCCACAAUUCAGUGUCUCAGAUAGUCUAAGUAAGUCAAAUCGGGUCAGUGUUUAUCAAAAUCUUUUUUUUACCAGACUUGGCAUUUAUUUAUAUUUUUUCUUGUGUUUUAUAUAUUAAACCAUAAACUUCUGCAGCUAGAUCUGCAACAUAACUGUAGUACCAAAUCUUAUAUCCCCCCCCUUCCCCCCCCCCCCCCCUCCCAACACACACACACAAUGUUCAGACUAACUGAUAGUUCUAAAAUCUAUUUAAUCUAUAACUUUGGAAAAUUUACACACCCAAAAUCUAGGUUAGUAAAACCCUUUUAAAUGUAUGUGCUGUUUUUAGCACCCUAUUACUGUAGUUUACCUUAUAAAUGACUUUUAUAUAUAUCAAUCUUGUACUGUCAAUAUUUUGUUCUAGGUGCUAUAAUGUGGUAGUCAUUGUUAUCAUUAUAUAGGUGCAAUAUUUACCAUUCUUACCACAAUACUGUGGCCUUGGCAUGAAACUAUUGUUUCUAUUUAUAGAUGCUUCUCCAGAGCACAUAUUAUCUCCCCUGGUCAGCAUGUUACUAUAUAUAGAUAUAGGUACUUUUUGCAUAGCAAAGAUUAUCUGCGCUAAUUAGCAUGUUACAGUUUUAAAAAAAGGCACAGGUUGUCUCCCCUGAGUGGCAUUUGAGGUUUCAAAAAGCACAAGUUAACUCCCCUGACUGGCAUGUCUGAUAUUAAAUCAUCCACAUUUCUUACAUUGAUGAGAAGUUUUGUCUACUGAUUAAAAAUAUUUUCAUAUAUUUUGUUGAUUUUCAAAGCUGUUACUCCAUGUGAGGAAUAUUGACCAAGAAAUGGCUGCCAGUUUUGACAAGGGAGGUAAUUAUUUUUACAAAAUGUUGAAUUGUGUAUAAUGUUUUAACAAGGGAGAUAAUAAUUUAAAAAAGGUUGAAUUGUGUAUAAUGUUUUGACAAGGGAGAUAAUUAUUUUAACAAAAUGUUGAAAUUGUUUGUAAAUAGAGGAGUAUUAUAUUAACUGUGCAAUAGUUGCAUGCUAAGAUUAUAAAAUUCAGUUUGUUGUUUCAUUACACAUUAUAUUAUUGAAAUAUAUUUUAUUCAGUUUUAUGUAACAGCAGUUUUCUUACUCAUUUAAUUUUAUAACAGAUAUAAUAUUAGUUAUAUUUUUUCACACUCUUUAUUAUAAUUUUUUUUAAGGUUAUGGUUGAAGGAAAUAGGUAUGGUAGAUUAUUAUUGGUAUGUAUGGAAGAGGUAAUGUCAGGUUGUUUAGGAAAUUAUGGAUUUAUGUUGAUGUCUACACAUGUGUUGCCCCCUUACACAUAUGUAUAUGCAGUUGGACUAAAUGUGUGUAAAAAAAAAGUUCUAUAUGCUACUUGUCCAGUGUACAAACACAAGUUAAGCGUGUUUAAAAUGUAAUAGAAGCAAACAGAAUAAUGAACUGUAUUCAGAUACAUUUGGACAUGCUGAUUUAAUUGUUUUUCUCAUAAUUUUGAUGCACAUACAGAAGUAAUGGUAUACCAGAUUCCAUUCCAUUCCUACCUGGUGCUGUGGUGAACAAAAGUUUGGGUUUGCAGAAUGAGAAAUAAAGAUGCCCUGAGCUGUAAACUCGAAAUUUUCUUGAUGUAAUAUGCACUUAUAAGACGCUUUUUCCUUUUCGAACUGGAAAUAUGACACGUAAAAAUGUAUGAUAUCUCGUGUGUAAUCUAUUUCUGUGUUUCAUGAAAGUAUGUCCUGUUUCUUGUUUUGGCUAAAGUAUAACCUUUUUCCUGGUUCAUGGAAAGUACAACCUGUUUCUUGAUUCUUACAAAGUAUAAGUUAAUUUUGGGUUCACUGGAAAAUAUAACCUGUUUCACAGAAUCAUGAUUAUAUUCAGUGUUUGUAUUCUUGAUAAGUAGCAUAUAUUUUAUGUACUUUGCAAGUUUAAUUGUUCUUUAGCCUUUAGCCUGCUGGUGGCAAGUGAUUCUGCCAUUGCGACCUGUGCAGACCAAUCUGUGCAGGCUGAUCAUGAUCUGCACUGUUCGCUAUUCAGUCAGUAAAUUUUCAGUGAACACCCCUUUGAAUAAUAGAUGGUACUGCACUAAUUGAAUGCUGGACCAGUCCAUUUUAGAUAUUUAGUAGGCUAAGGGUUAAAUUAGGGUAGUUCAGAAUGUAUCUUUUAAAGCUUUUUAUACUCAUAGCUUAUAAUGGAUAAUAUUUUUACAAUUUGUAUUCAUAUGCCAUAAACUUAAUCAUUCCAAAGAAUCUAUUUUUUCAUUUUGUAAUCUGUAUUUUUGUCUUUUGCCUCUUGUGCUGUUGUAAAUUAUUAUAAAUGUACGCAAGGUUACGUGUGACAUUGAAAUAUACAUUCUUACUGUACAUUUUGUGAGCAUACAUGCUAUGUGAUUCACUUUUUCCGUAAUAUGGGUUUUACUUCACUUUUCUUUAGGUGUAAGACAGUACCAUUGAUAUAUCAUUUUGAAGACUUCAAAGGGAGGUAAUAAGAACUAUUUAAAUUUCAAGAUAUCUUGUAUAGUGUGGAAUUUAUCAUCAAUUUUGAUUUUGAUAGUGUAUUUUCCUUUGUAAAGCUCAAUUUUUUAAAAUUUGCAACUUUGACCUGUUUUUCAGAAUUGUCAUGGGCCAAAAUUUUAUUAGGGGAUUUUUUUUUUGUUCGAUUACUUCUCAAAUUCUUCAAGUUCAGAAAUCAAACUGUUCCUAACACCACCCCUGUUAACCUGCAGAAAGAUGUAUCAUUAAUACCUAGAUAUUGCAAAAUAAAGAAGAAAUUUAAAGUAAAACGCUGAAAACAGAUUAAGUGAAACAAACAGUAGGUUGCAUUUUUGUUUUUCUGUGUUAGUACUGUUGUAUCAGCAUUAUAUACAAGCAAGUAAUGGAGAAUAUAUAAGAAUCUUUAUUGAGCCCAAUCAGAAAGUUUGGUGACAUUUUAGGUCCUGGUACGCCGUAAAACCCAAAUAAAUAAAUAAAUAAAUUGUGGAAUAUGUUUUGUGGUUGAGGGAUGUUAGAUUGUAUAAUAGCUUUAAUAGUGGCUGCGGUGUUUAUUUGUGAAUGACUGAGAUAAAUUUCAAGGUUGUUACGAAAACUUAUCUUGUCACCGUACUGGUGUGAAGAUCUUUUUACAAGUUUAAGACGUGGAACAUUGAUUGAGCUUUGGAGAUACAAAAAUGUUCAACUUUAAUGAAAAAUUUUGUAGGAAGUAUUUGUUAGUGACGCCUACAUCUAUGUAAAAUAUUCCGUAAUAGAGUAAAAGUCAUUAUGUUAGCUGUAUGUUAAGUGCUUUUCACACUCACACAAUUUAAAUUUUGAAAAUAGUGGUACAUUGUAUUUGAUUUUUGAAGUCUGAAACUGUUCCAUGUGUAUUUUCAUUAUUUCCCAGUCUAACCUUACUAGUGGUAAUAUGUUCCAUCAUGAAAUUUAAAGUUCUUUUACCUUCAUGGUAUAUUUUGAAGUUUUGUGAAACCUACGGACUGUCUGUGAGGUAUCUAUGAAAUUCAUAUGAAACUUGCUUCUGGUUUUAAUGUAUUUAAAAUGAUUAUGGUAAGUUUUUUUUUGUGUCCUCACAGUAUCAACAGUUGUAAGGCAUAUAGUCUUUUUUGAAGAUUUGAUUUGUAAAGAAAAUUUAAAAUUUGAAAUUAGGUUGGAAUUUAUUUUUGACUGUAAGUGACAUUGAGAUGAGUAUCCUGUCUUACAGAAUAUGGUAUGUCUGUUUACAGAAUGUCUAGUGAAUAUCAUUGACAUUCAUAAUUGUUAAAUCUACGCAUUCAAUUUCUAAUUUUGAGUACAAAUGUCUUGUACAAGGAAUACCUUCAGAGUACAUGUAUGUUGUAUAUAUGUGAAAUUAGUGGUUUUUGUCCUUCAUUGUGAAAACUUGUAUAUGUUUCAUUACACAGUAUAUGUAGCAUUUAAAAUUGUUACAGUGCACCAACAGUGUAUCAGUGAAACUAUAUAUUAUAUUUUCCCUCCAUUAUAAUGUUUCAAUGAAAUUAUAUAUGUUUCCUCUACACUACAGUGUAUCAGUGAAACUUAAUAUGUAUCUCUAACACUACACUGUAUCAUUUGAAACUAUACGUGUUUUCCUACACAGCAAAAUAUCAGUGAAAACAUAUAUAUGUUCCCAUACAUUGCAGUAUAUCAGUGAAACUACACUGUACCAGUGAAACUUACAUAUGUUCCACUACACAACAGUGUAACAGUGAAACUUGCAUAUGUUUCCCCUAAUUUACAAUGUACUGGUGAAACUAUAUAUGUUUUCCCUACCUUACAGUGUAUCAGUGAAACAAUAUCUGUUUUCCCUAUAUAACAGCGUAUCAGUGAAACUAUACAUGUUUUCCCUACAUUACAGAGUAUCAGUGAAAAAUUAUAUGUUUCCUACACAGUACAGUGUAUCAGUGAAACUUGUACAGGUUUCUGAUAUGAUAGUUACCUUCAGUGGUAUCGGUGAAAGUUCACAGUGGUUUGUCUCCCAUUGGUAACUUGUUGUGUUCUGUAGAGCAUCAACAUAGAGUACGGGUAUGUUAGUGACCCAUGUUGUUAUUGUUGCUAGUGUAUAAGGUUUCUAUGCACGUAGGUGUAGUAAAUGCACACACUUUUAUACAUGUAGAUUUUGUCCAUUUUACCCUGACACACAUGUUUACACAGCCUUUUAUAAAUCUCCAUGAUCAUUGACCAUUUCAACUUGUAAUGUCUACAGUUUAGUGUUCCUCAUAUUUUAAUAUAAUUUCUAUGUUGUUAAAAAAAUCUAAAAAAAAUCUUUUA